AUGAAGGUAAUGUGGGUCAAAGCUGAUAAAACAGAGAUACAAACUCUUCAUCGACAGAAAAGAAACUGGAUGUUCCCUCCAAAAACACUGUUUGAAAACAUGGAUUAUACCAAAGAAGAAUAUAUUAUCAAAUUGCGAUUAGAUGAAGAAACCAGAACGGAUAUUAUAUAUUCUCUGUUAGAGGAGGGAUUGAAUUUAUUCACUGUAGACAGAAAAAGCGGCUACGUAAAGAUCCAUGGCAUCUUGGACAGAGAGAAAGAAGAUGUUUAUGAACUCAAAGCGAGAGCUUCACUACCAGAUGGAACACUUGUUGAAAGGGACCUCGAUUUGAAAAUCAUAGUUCUUGACCAGAAUGACAAUGCCCCUGAGUUUGAGCUUAAUAUGAAUGGUUCUGUCAAAGAGCUCAGUGACAAAGACACCAUGGUAUUUACAGUCACAGCUAAGGAUAAGGACCAGGAAGGCACAACAUAUUCAAAAAUUACCUACAAAGUUAUACAGCAGGAUCCGGCUGGAGAGAUGAUGUUCAAAAUCAGCCGUACAUCUGGUGAAAUCAAAGUCAGUAUGAACACUCUGGACCGAGAGAAACAAGAAAUGUACAAACUGCUAAUCACGGCUACAGAUAUGGAUGGAGCAGAUUCUGAUCCCAACAACAGACCAAUGACAGGAACAGGGACGGUGACCAUCAACAUACUUGACGUCAAUGAUAAUAUCCCCACAUUGGAGAACGUGUCUUAUGAGGCUAGUGUGAAGGAGAAUAUCAAAAAUAAGGAAGUGAUCCGGAUUAAGACCAUAGACAAGGAUAAGGAAUACACUGAGAACUGGGAGGCCGUGUACACAAUCAUUUCAGGAAAUGAGGCUGGUUACUUCAACAUCACCACAGAUCCCAAAACUAAUGAGGGCAUCCUGAUGGUCACUAAGGAGCUGAACUAUGAGGAGGUGAAAGAGAUUCAUCUGAAAGUGGUGGUGAAGAACAAGGCGCCUUAUCACAAGUCAGUGGUGAACAACAAGAUCAUAGAAUACCCCAUUAACAUAAAAGUGCAGAACAUGCGUGAAGCCCCUCAUUUCCAGCCUGCGGUCAAAGAUGUCAGAGUCUCUGAAGACCCUGAAGUCACUGAUCUGACGAAGGUCAUCACCACCUACACAGCCACAGAUACUGAUACACUGUUAGCCGCCACUAAUGUCAGGUAUUUGAAAGGAGAAGAUGUUGACCAAUGGGUGAGCAUUGAUGAGCAAACAGGCGAGGUCAGACUCAUCAAAUAUCCAGACCAUGAGUCUGAGUAUGUGAAAAAUGGAAUAUACUACGUCAAAAUCUUAGCAAUGACCGAUGAUUUUUCGCCCAAAACUGCGACAGGAACUCUUGCAAUUCAUGUGGAGGAUAUCAAUGACAAUGUUCCCAUUCUGAACAGCUCAUCUGAAACGCUGUGUUAUGGUGACAGCGUAGUGUAUGUCACAGCCACAGAUAAGGAUUAUUUCCCCUAUGCAGAACCUUUUAGUUUCAUGUUGGUUACCAAUGGCACAAAAGAGAACUGGAGCUUUGAGAAUAUCAAUGAUUCCAAAAAAAACAUUUUGCGCAGCCAGGAGAUCCUAUGGCCGGGACACUACACAGUGGAGCUGCAGGUGAAAGACCAGCAAGGAAAGUCCUCUGAAGUUCAAAAGCUUCAGGUAUUUGUGUGCAAAUGCACACGUUAUGCCAGGUCAGUGCAAGACAAACCGAAUUGCCCACGAGAGAGACAGAACAGCACUGGUACUGUACUGGGAACAGGUGGUGUUCUGGUACUACUGCUAGGAAUCCUGCUUCUCUUGGCAAUUCCAGUGCUUUUGCUGGUGUGUGAGUGUGGAGCAGUUCCUGAUAUUAACCAGACUCUCCCCUUCGAACAAGAACAGAAACUUAUCAUCUAUUACACUGAAGGCCAAGGAGAGGAUAAGGUAUAUAUUAUGCUUCAUAUUAGAUUUCAGCCUCUCAAGUGGAACAGAUGUUUAAUAGCACUUGCUGUGGCUAUGCAACCAAUCCAAACUAAAGAGUAUGCGAAGACUGACAAAGGCCCCUUCCCUUAG